CUAAAUUUUAGCACUUAGACGUUGCUUGUUGCUUUCUCCAUCGACAUUCUCAUUCUCAAUCCUGAUGUACUCUUGAUCGGUAGUGAAGUUACACUUUAAUAGUUCAAGUUGUAACGAAAUGGAAGUCGAAAACUCUGUUACUGAAGGAGAAUCGAGUCCGGCAAACAAAGAGCAAAACGGUGAUUCAAGCCAUGUGAAUGGCCUAAACGGAUACUCGGAGAAGCACAAGAGUCAUAAAUCAGAACACAAAGAUAAAUAUAGAGAUAGGGAUAGGGACAAAGAUAAAAGUAGGAGUAAGGACCAUAAAAGUUCCAAUAGGGAUAAAGAGAAAGAUAAGGACAGACAUCACAGUUCCAAGGAAAAAGACCGUCACAGCAGCUCCCAUAAAUCUUCAAGCAAAGAUAAAGAUCGGGAUAAAGAAAGAAGUGAAAAGGACAAACGUGAUAAAGAUAAAAGUAAAGAUAAAUAUAGAGACGAUAAAAAGUAUUCAUCCAAAGAUAAAGAGAAGGAACAUAAAAGUUCUCAUGAUAAGGAGCACAAGAGCAGUUCUAGAGACAAAGAUCGAGAAAAGAGAGACAAGGAUAAAGAAAGGGAUAGAGAUAAGGAUAAGCAGAAACACAGAGAUAAAGAUAAGGAAAAAGAUCGACAUGGUAGUUCAAAGGAUAAACAUAGGGAUAAGGAACGUGAGAAAGACAGACAUCAUUCCAGUUCAAAGGAUAAGGAUAGAAAGGAUAAAGAAAAGAAAUAUGAAAAAGACAAAAAUUCAGAAGAAAACAACCGCAAGAUCAAAGAGGAGGUUGAAGAAAUCAAACAGUUGAAAGAAGAGCCAGAAGAUGAGUCAAUGACUGCAAAAGAAGAAGCUAAUUUCAGUACUGACGAUGAUGAAGACAAAUUAGUCAUAAAGGAUGAUCCUGUGAGCAGUCAAGAUGAAGCCGACGAUGGUAGCCAAGCUGAUUAUUCUCAGGCUAGUAGUUGUGACUACAACUUGUCACAUUUUAAGAAAGAAGAAUCAAGUUUCUCCGGUGAGGAUGGUUGUGAAGAUAGCCAAGAUGAGAAAUCGGAGAAUAUUAAGAAUGAAAUUAAAGAAGAAGCUGAGGAUGACAGUGACGAAGAUAUGCCAUUGUCUGCCCGUAUGAAUAGCAAGAAAAGGAAAAUAGAAGACGAAGAAGAUGAUGACGAUGACGUGCCGUUAACGGCUAGAAAGAGGCCGAAAAAAGAAGUGAAAGAGGAGAAGCCCAAAAAGAAAAAGAAAAGAGGUUAUGACGACGACGAUGAGGAGUAUGAUGACGAUGAAGAAAAUGAUUACAAACCCGCGAAAAAAGCCGCAAAGAAAAAAGAGAAGAAGGUGAAAAAAGAGAGCGUCAAAGCUGAGAUAAAGAUGGAGAAUGCAGAUGGGGAUAGUCCUAAAAAGGGCAAGAAAAAGAAGGAAGAGGAACAAGAAGUUUGGAAAUGGUGGGAAGAAGAAAAGAAAGACGAUGGCGUUAAAUGGACUUUCUUGGAACAUAAAGGUCCUGUAUUCGCACCACCGUAUGAGCCACUUCCAAAAGAUGUCAAAUUUUUGUAUGAUGGAAAAGAAGUUCGUUUAUCUGAACCUGCUGAGGAGGUAGCAGGCUUCUAUGCUAAAAUGUUAGACCACGAUUAUACCACCAAAGAGAUAUUUAAUAAGAAUUUUUUUAAAGACUGGAGGAAGGUGAUGAAUGAUGAAGAACGAGUUCUAAUAACUGAUUUGAAAAAAUGCGAUUUUAAAAAAAUGCACGCAUAUUUUUUGGAUGUAGCAGAAAAGAAUAGAAACCGAAGUAAAGAAGAGAAAAAAGCUUUGAAAGAAAAAAACGAAGCAUUAAUAAAAGAAUACGGUUUUUGUACAAUAGAUGGUCAUAAAGAAAAAAUUGGUAAUUUUAAACUGGAACCGCCCGGUCUUUUCAGAGGUCGAGGUGAACAUCCUAAGAUGGGUAAACUAAAGAAACGUCUAGAAGCAGAAGAUAUCAUCAUAAAUUGUAGCAAAGAUUCGAAGAUUCCAGUAGCUCCUCCAGGUCACAAAUGGAAAGAAGUGCGUCAUGUUAAUACAGUCACAUGGUUGGUAUCGUGGACUGAAAAUGUUCAAAAUCAAGUGAAAUACAUCAUGUUGAAUCCCAGUUCCAAACUUAAGGGCGAAAAAGAUUGGCAAAAGUAUGAAACUGCUAGGAAACUUCACAAAUGUAUCGAUAAGAUAAGAAAUCAAUACAUACAAGACUGGAAAUCUAAAGAAAUGAAAGUUAGGCAAAGGGCUGUGGCUCUCUACUUUAUUGAUAGAUUAGCUCUGAGAGCUGGUAACGAGAAGGAUGAAGAUCAAGCAGAUACUGUAGGUUGUUGUUCUCUUAGAGUUGAACACAUAGAAUUACACGAGAAAAAAGAUGACAAAGAAUUUGUGGUAGUCUUUGAUUUUCUCGGAAAAGAUUCCAUUAGGUAUUAUAACGAAGUACCAGUUGAAAAACGUGUGUUCAAAAAUCUUGGAUUAUUUAUGGAAAAUAAAAAGGAAGGUGAUGAUCUAUUCGACAGGCUUAACACCCAAAUUAUGAACAAACAUCUCAAUGAAUUAAUGGAAGGUCUUACUGCCAAGGUUUUCCGUACUUACAAUGCUUCGUUUACACUACAACAACAAUUAGAUUUAUUAACGAAUGAGAAUGAUACGGAAGCCGAAAAAAUUUUGGCAUAUAAUAGAGCGAAUAGAGCGGUAGCUAUAUUGUGUAACCAUCAACGUUCCGUACCCAAAGGGCAUGAAAAAUCCAUGGAAAAAUUGAAAGAAAAGAUAGCCUCUAAAAAAGAAGCAAUUAAAGACGCAGAACGACAGGUGAAAGAUGCGGUACGGGAAGCGAAACAUGGUAGCGUCAAAGAGAAGAUAGUUGCCGAUAAGAAGAAGAAGAUGCUGCAACGUCUUAAAGAACAAUUGACCAAACUUGAAAUCCAAGAGACCGAUAGAGACGAGAAUAAGACCAUAGCUCUCGGUACUUCGAAAUUAAAUUAUUUAGAUCCGAGAAUAAGCGUCGCGUGGUGUAAGAAAUAUAACGUUUCCAUCGAAAAAAUUUAUAACAAAACGCAAAGAGACAAAUUUAGAUGGGCUAUAGAUAUGGCAGGACCGGACUACAGGUUUUAAGUUUGGUUCUAUCUUUAUUUAGAUACUGGUUUAGUGUGUAAUAUAAAAAGGAUGCUCGGAAAAUGUAAGUUAAUAAGUUGAAUCAUUUUAUAAUUGACGUGGUGAUUAAUAAUUUUUAUUUUGCGGAAAUAAAUUCGCGCAUGGAUCAUGUUAUUAGUAAUUUGUCGUUAUCAUAACUAAGUCAAUUCAGAUUGUUGUAAAGUUACGAAACAAUAAUAUGUUCGUAGUGAAAGUGAAUUAUUUUUCAAAUUAUCCUUUGCUUGAAUGUAGAGAUCCUAAAGAGAUCAGAUUUUGGGAUUAUUACUGUGUGUAUAUCUUUGAUUGAAUUUGGAAAAUUUUUUGAUUGAUCAAUUUUUAAUAUUUAAAUUGUUAGACUUGAUAUAUAAAUUUUUAUGAUUUUCCAAAACUUUUAAAUUGUUCAGUUUAUAGUCAGACCUGAGUAUUUAUUUAAAAAUAAUUAUUUCGUUAGUCGAUAUUUUGAAAUUUAAAUGUUUUAUUAAUUUUCCAAGAAUUUUAUAGCAAAAAACUAGAAAACUUGAAAAUCUUUAUUGUUUUUUGAAUUCCUAUAAACGGUGCAUGAGUAUUUGUUCAAAAGUGAUUAUUUUAGUGGUUAAUUUUCUUAUAAUCGAACUUUUCAUAAGUUUUUUAAUAAUUGACAAAAAAAUUGAAAAUAUUCAUUAUUACUUCAAUUUUUAAAAACAGGCCAUGGGCCUUCAAAAUCUGAAAAUCUUUAAUGUUUCUUCAGUUUUUAGGAACAAGGCAUAAGUAUUUGUUUUAAAAUGAUUAUUUCCAUAAUUAAUUCUUUAAAAAUUUUAACGUUAGAAAUCUUCAUUAUUUGCUUAAUUUUAAGAAACAGGGCCUGGACAUUUCUUUAACAAUCAUCAUCCCAGUUAAUUUUUUUCAAAUUUCAACAUUUUAUGAAUUUUUCAAAAAUUUAAUACAAAGUUGAAAAUCCUGAAAAUCUUGAAUUUUCAGUUAUUUGCAAAAGUUUUCAGUAUGAACAUAAGAUUUUCAAGAAGUAGAAAAGUUCAUCACAUUCUUUUUAAAUAACAAAACACUUUUAUUAAUAAAAUGAGGAUUUCUAAACAUAUACCAGUGCUAUCUGACAUAAUAAUCUUUUUUUCAACUUUAAACUGUGUAUUGUUCAAAUUUUAUCAACGAUAUGCAUAUUAUAGGCAUUUUCACACUAGUCAAAUUACAAACUACUUUAUAUUGUGCGAUAUAUUGAAAAAAUUGCACGUGUAAAUGAUUCAGUAUUGUCGAAUGUAGCUUUAAGACAAAAAAAUACCGAUUUAUAGGAUGAAUUUUUAAAUAAUUGUGACUGAUUGAAAUGUAUAAGAAAAACUAUUAAAAAAUAAAUGCUCAAAAUUAUAUAUUUAUAAUAUACGUGUGCAAUAUGUUCAUCUUCGCUCGAAGAAAAAUUUUAUCGAGUCCAGAUUUUACACAUUCCAUUCGAAGUGCAUAAAACACUCAGUAUAUUUGAAUAUCUUAUAUUGUGUGAACUUUAUUUAGCCGAACUCUGCUAUGGCACAUUGUUUACAUCUAAUUUAAUUACUUAAUAGAUUUAUGGUUAAGUCGAAAUGUCUUCCAUAACUUACAUUCAUUUAUCAUUUUACAAUAUUCAAAUCUUUUGGAUCAAUUUUUGAACUUCUCGGACUAUCAUUGAACAAUAAGCCCCCCGAAAAAAAAUCAAUUACAACGUGGUUAGAUUUAAGAUCUGGUAACUAUUCUUUUAAUAUACUCUCUAAUGCUUAAAUGUUCAAUUUCUAUUAGUUAAUCACAAACUAACUCAUUUAGAAAAGGUCUUUAUUGGAAAGUUCUCUCGUAAACUACUUUCAUUGAAAUCUUUUACUUGAUAAAAACUGGAGAAUUUGUUAAAUGACUAGAUCUUUCUUUUAGCAAGUUUGACAAUUUUCUGUUUUUUUUUCACAAUCUUCUUGUAAUAAACUCAAUCGCUUUGUGAAUCAUUAACCAUUCUUUUGAUGAUUUAAUUCUUCAACUCUCUAUUGCAUAAAUGUUCAUUUUGUAAUAGUUUAUUAUAACUUCAUAGAUUCAUUUGUUUGGGAUCUAACUCAACUAAAAGUCCAUUGAAAAUUUCUUCCAAAAACUCCUUUAGUUGUCAUAUUUUAUUUGGGAAAUAACAGGAAAUUUGGUUAUUGAUUUAAAUCUUUUCAUUAACAACUUCUUGCAAUCAGUUCAAUCGUUUUAUGAAUGAUCAAACAAUCUUUCGAUUUAUUAACAAGUUGUUUGAUAAUUAAUUAUGCCAUUUUCUAUACUUUCAAUGUUUUCUAAUAGUUAAUUCGUUUAAAAAUAAACAAUUUAAAUUUGGCAGUCUUCUUUCCCAAAAUAACUAUUGUCAGUGAGAGUUUGUUCGGGAACUAAAAUAACUGAAUCAAAUCUGUUUAUUAAAAAGUUAUUUGAUAAUUAAUCCUACAGUUGUCUAUUCUUUUGCUAUUCUAUUGAUUUAGCAAAAGUAAUUAUUUAGGAUUAUUUUUAGUUCCAAAAGUUUAUCCUUAGUAUAGAUGUAAACAUUUGCGUGUUGACCAAAAAAAAUCUGUUAACUGAUUUUUUCCGAGUAGUCUGGUAACAGUGGAAGAUUUUUUUAUUCUUUCCAGCCAAUCAGUGUGAAGGACUUUAGUUACAAAUAAAUAAAUUUAGAUCGUCUUAAACUUGAGAUAGUUUCUAGAUGAUCCAUUCAAUUAUAUUUUUUAAGGUUAAAUUAUUAAAUAGUGACUUUUUAAAUUUUACUUAGUGAAUUUCUUCUAUUUAUGGAAGUAUUAAAUAUCUAUGUGUACAGAUAUUAUAUCUUUUUUUUUAAUAUGAGUCGUAUAGUCGCCAAUUUUUAUUAAUUAACAAAAUUUUGUUCAUUUGAACUACCGAUAACGAAAUUUUGUUAAUUUGAACUUCCGAUGUAUUUUCUACAUCAUCACAGUAAUUGGUGAUUAAAAUUUGGCGACAAUACUUGAGAGACUUAAGCAAUUCUUUUUAUUUCUGUCUUCCGUUAUUGUGCUUAUUUGGAAUGAAUUAUUGAAUUGACAACUCAUUGUACCAAAUUUACAAUUUUCCCCUUAUAUUUGUCAUCUGUAAAGGAGCGACAAGUUGUAGCAAUUCUGUCUGUAUAUUACAGAUUUUAUUAAUAAAAAGACAUAGAUCAAAAAA